AUGAGUGGUCCAAUGUCAUGGCGAACUCAGUCCAGACCUCUCCGCACCCCACGGCAGUCACCCCGCGACACACUAUCCCCCACACCGUACACGCAGUCGCGGACGUGGUUAUCUCCGAACUACAGAGGCUCAGCACGCCCCACAGGUCCCGCUCGUCGCAGCAACCUCCAGCUCAACGACGCUCGGCGAAAGCUCUGCCCCAACUCACCCUUCUGGCACCGCGACUUCGACUUAGACCUGCAUAAGUCCGACUGGAAAGCCGGCGAACUCCGCAGAAAGCAGGCUCUACUCACCCAGAAGGCGCACGAGCAAGAUCUACACGACCGCUUACACGACCCCAACACCCCUGACAGACCCAUCCGCCGACCACUAACCGGCAUCCUCUUCCCCACCCAACUAAGCGGCACCCUCCUCUGCAACCGCGGCAGCGUGCUCGGCGGUGAGGAAACAAUCUGGUGUCCGCAAUACCUCUCCUACAAAUCCGACGUCGCUCCCUGGCCCAGCAGACACGAGAUGGACUACGAAGGCGACGGUCGGCUGGCCACGGACCGCUUGCACCGUCGCUUCCUGCCCUUGCCGCGGGUCGAUGAAGAUGCUGCUUCACAGCAGAAGAACUGGCAGCACAGGGCUGUGGUGCCGCAGGCGUGGUUUGAUGAGGUUUAUGCCUGUGGGCCGGAGAGGUUGGACAAUCCGUUGAGGAUUUCGUGGGAGGAUGUUUGGUUCAGGUGUUUUUGGGUUGGGGAGAGGGAAUUUGAGGAUGAGAGUGGGGAGGUGGAUGGGGAGGGGAAGCAUGCGGUCGGCGAGGCGUUGUUGGCUGUGUUGGAUCCGUCGGAUCAGUGGGUCUGA